UCCAUCACUCCUUCUUUCACCCCAUCGUUCUCUUCCCUCACUCGUACUAUCACCCGACGCUCUGGUUCUCCUACUGGCUCCAUCCGGACCAUCAUGUCAAUGGAUUCGAAUUCGAGUGUCUCUUCUACUGCGAGUAGCGGAACCGGGAGUCGUAGUACUGUCUACGUCCCUCCAAUGUCUGACAUUCCUGAUAUUCCUGAAUUAUCUAUGGCGGAAGAUGAUUUAUAUGCUUCAGAAUCGGAUGGCACGCGAGGACAUUCAUCUUCAUCGGGUACUGGACGGUAUCAUUCCCUUCUUUCGUCUCCUUCAGUAUCAUCGUCUGGAAGCGGAGCACGACUGAGGCCAUCAACGUUGAUUUCUUCGUACCACUCUCGCACCGUCGACGACACUGUGAUUGAUGGCGACGAGUAUGUAUAUCCCGGAGACUCCCGCGCCAUUCCUAGUCGUCGAACUAGCACCCGGAUGAGUUUGCGAAGGAGCGGGAGCAUGACGGACCUUGGCAGUGAUGCAUUACAGAGCAACCGAUCAUCCGGCCUGAAUGAUGAGAGUGACGACCAGUUCUUCACUGCAGGUACCAGUAGCAGUGCACCGCGCAACUCAGUGUAUUCAUCAGCUGAUUCGUAUUCGUCGCAAACCGGUACAGGCACAGGGACAAGGACGUUUACUGGGCUGACCAGUAGUGGAAUCACAGGAACUGGGACAACUGAUACGUAUACUAGGACAGGAACCUGGACUGCCGGUGGUAGUGGUACUGAGAGCGGGACAAGAGUCACAGAGUCAACGAGAUAUACUGGAUAUAGUCGUACCACUGGUACUGGAGUAGGAACGUAUACCUCCUAUUCUGGAAGUGGCUCUUACACCAGAACUGGCUCGGAUUCAUAUGCAGUGUCUGGUACAAACUCAGAGAACAGGUCUGCGACUACUGGUGUAACCGGCACUGGCAGAACUUUUACAACUGACUACGAGUCCCGAACUGGAUACGGAUCAGGCUCUUAUAGUGGCUCGCCUUACACAGGAACUGGAUCAAUAUACUCACCCUAUACAGGAACGACAGGAUCGCCUUACACAGUGACUGGCUCUUCGUACACUGGCACGGGCUCGCCGUAUACCUCAACCGUCACUUAUUCCUCCCCAUAUACUCGAAGCAGCACGUCUUCAUCCUACCCGCCUACAUCUCCUUCUCGGAGUGCUCUGAAUCGUACGGCUGCGAUGAGGAGAAGGACUGGUACCACAAGGAGUUAUUCGUCAAGUGGAGGCAGCGGCAGUGGUAGCAACAGUGGGUAUCAGCCUUCGGAGGAGAGUAGCGACAAAGAAAAUGAUGAAAGUGAAAGCGGGAGCUAUACACCGGCUUCAGGUUCUGAUAGCCAGACUCCAAGUGGACCUCUCAGUGGGACUAGGUCAAGCGAGACUGGAUACGACGUCUGCCCAUCGUCUGAUCUCUCAGAACUAACGAGUCGAAUGACAUACACUUCUACGUCGUCGUGGAUGUCGGGAAGCACACCAAUGCCUUCUGACCCAUCUUCUUCGUCGGAUUCGGAUAGGGAGUUGAGCAGCGAUGGUGAAAAGUUUGUCACCGCUUCACAAGGCAGUUCAGAUUACCUCACAACUCGGACACCUUCUUCUGAAGCAUCGUUCAAGUCUCUUCCUUCUAUCCCUUCUGAAUAUACUACCGCCAGCGAAGGGUCUAUCGCAUACAAAACUAUCUCUGAACCUAUCACGGAACCAACAACGGCAUACUCAACUGCAGAAAUAUGCCCCAGCGAGCUUGAGACUAUUCCAAGUGAAGAAGGGACACCGAAAGCGUACUCAGAACAUCUUCCCGAACCGGAGGAGCUACCUUCUGCACCCCCUUCUGCACCCCCUUCUGCACACCUCUCUGCGCCCCCUUCUUCUGCACCACCGUCUAUUCCCUCGUCUGCACCACCAUCUAUUCCCCCAUCUGCACCACCAUCUGUUUCCUCGUCUGCACCACCAUCUACCCCCCCAUCUGCUCCUCUAUCUAUUCCCCCAUCUGCUCCUCCGUCUGUUUCCCCGUCUGUUUCCCCAUCUCUUUCUUCUUUGCCGUCUGCUUCGCUUCCACCUCCCACCUCUACCGCUCCCCCUUCAGUGACAGACCGUUCCAUUUCAUCUCCUUCUUCAAUAUCUUCGCUUGUUCCUUCAGGAGUACCUCUGCCUUCUUCAGCAGCAUCGGAGCUUUCAGAACUUGAUUUGUCUUUGACUCCAACGUCCGAGUCCGAUCUUCCUCUACCUCCGUCUACGGCAUUGAGCACUAGUGUACCUACCCCAUCUAGCGUUCACUGGUCGGAAAGCCGGAGCUCUAGUCUUUUGUCAUUGCCACCUACAGCACUGACAGAAGUACCUUCUUCGAUUGUUACUACGAGCCUUCAAAGCUCUAGUUUGUCGGGAACACUACAACUUCCUACAACUUUGCCAUCAUCUACCAUGAGCAGUUUGACUAUUUCUUCGGAGUCUAGCUUGACUCCUUCUAUGCCUGUUACCACACUUCCUUCUCUAACCCUUCCUUCUAUACCACCCAGUAGCUCUCCAAGUUCUCUCCCACUUCCACCUAGUCCUCAACCUUGGGCUACAGAGACUAACAUCUCGUAUGAGUCGAGUCUUCUUGCUCCGUCACCUAGUGCCACUAGCGUUGCUUUGAUACAAGAUCCUGAUACCUCUUUUGAAACUUCUUUCUUGCGACCUAGUGGAUCGUGGUCCUCCUUUGAUCGAAUGUCCACCAUUCCCGAGACACCUACGGCGAUAACUUCAACACACCCCCCGUCCUUCCCAGCGCUUUCUCCUGUUCCCCCAUUCCCUCCUACAGACGAAAGCAGCUCCGUGCGCACUCCGAGCAGUCUCAUUUUCUCGGAUACGAGUGUUGGAAGCAGUAGCUUAGGAAGUCUCUUGUCGUUACCUCGAACGCCGUCAACAAUUAGUAGUUCGUCUGCUGUGUCCUCGACGAGUGUCACUACAUCGAUAGUUGAUUCAGAAUCUGAUCUUGAACCAGAGCCGGAACUAGAACACCAGGAAGAUGAUGAUGCACGUUCCAUCCCUGAAAGCCAAAUAUCGACCGAGCCCAGUCUAUUGUCAUCUAUUGCAACUCCCAGAGCUUCUAGGAUUGCUAUUCCUGGUCCUCGCAGUCGCGGAUCACUCACUCCGUCAGAGCGUUCCAUGAGUGUCAGUAUCUCUACCCCGCGCGGGGAUACGCCAUCCAAACGGUCAACACUUGAUACUGUGCCUACACCCAGUACCUCAUUCUCGGGUCGAGCCUCUCCACGUGAUGUCAGCGCCGAUAUUGAGCGUUUAGCAGAGGAGCUUCGACAAUACGAUCAAAAUAGAGCUGAAGAAAACCGGGACUUGGGGGAUGCUUUACGAGAUUUGCGAGAAGAGCUGUUAGGGCUUUCUGACUCUCUUCAUCAUCCAAUUCCCUCCCAGGAACCACCUCAAACUCCUUCAUAUCCAAGGUAUCCGCGACAACCCCAGUAUCCGCACCAACCCCAGUAUCCGCACCAACCCCAGUAUCCGCAACAACCCCAGUACCCGCAACAGCCAUAUCCACACUAUGCUGAAGAACGUGUUGGAAGCAGUCGUGCCAUGAGCGCUGACGAGAACCGAAGUCUUUCUUUAGCCCCUUCCUCGUUGAAUCGUACGCCGAGCUCAGCGAGUAGUGUGUCGUUCUUGUCUAGCCAUCAUUCUGACGAUUGGCUUUUGUAUCCAACGCCUCAGCCGCCUGGUUCUCCCGUUUCUCGUAGAUCUAUCCGACCGGAUUCACCAAUGCCAACGCUUCCUGAUAUUGACGAAAGCGAAUUAUCUUCUGAAUCUUCCAGUCCUUUGAGCACUCCGAUGUUAAGCUCAUCGAGCACAAGUGGACCUUAUCCUGGCAGUUCAGGUCCAUCCUCAUCGCCCACACCCACACCUCCACCCUCGACAGUCACGCCUAUUUCGGUUUCUCCGGGUUCCCCAGCAACAACUGCAACAACCAUUCGACCAUCUCCUCCGAAUCCCUUACCUCUCUUAAAUGAGAUAAGGGAUCAAGUUCGAGCUUUGUGGGAUGGGCAACUUUCGACAAAUCAUUUGUUGGAUGAAAUACGAGGACUCCGCAGUGACUCUCAAAGCAAUGAGGUUUUAGACCGUAUGCGACGAGUGGAGAACCUGUUAGAGGGCUUGCUGAACCAAGGUGUACCUGUACAACCACCACCGAUGCCAGUACCCGAACCAAGCCUACCACCUGCUUCCCCCUCUAUGAGCUCGAGUUCGGCUGGUUUAAGCCGAUAUGAGUCUCUGAUCAAUGAUUAUCGUCGUCAAAAUCCCCCAAUUGCUCCUGUUGCACAACCACCUGCCUCAGGCACGACCCUUGCCCAACAGCUCGAAGAAAUAUUAUCGCAAGGUAUACAACCUCAGCUUCGUCAAGCGGUUCCACCAGAACCCUUACAUCCCUUUGAUUAUGCCCCACUUCCUCGAGCACAUGCAGACAGUCCCAUAGGAGAAGUAAGACUUCCUCCACCUAGAGCAACUUCGCAGCCUAUUCCGUUUCCGUACCCAGAUCCAAGACGGACUCGUGUUCGUCGACAUCCUCACCGACCUGUUGAUGAAUCCCCCACGUCCCGUUUCGCACCGACGGCCCCAUCUGGUCCAUCUAGUGAACGUCCCGAUUAUCAAAUGGGAGAUGCGGGUCGUCAACCUCCUUCUCCUCCUCCUCCCCCUCCUCCCGGGAGAAGACCAACCAACAUACCUCCACCACAGCCUGUGUUUCCUCCUCGUUCUCAAACGGCGCCUCCUCUAAAUCUUGGCGGAGAUGCUGAACCUGAAGGCGAAAGUUGGUACCGUCGACGUCAGGCUGCACCGGCUGCACCUGCCCCUACAGUGGGUGUUCCUCCGCCAGGUGUCGUGGGACCAUCCCCUGCAACUGCACAACCUGCACAACCUGCACAACCUGGUCAAUCUACGUAUGUUCCAAUGCCUUCAGGACCAGUCAUGGUUCAAAUGCCUCCCGAUUUCAAUCGGGAUUUGGCCGAGCUCCUGGAACUUAAUCGAAACAACGCCCUCGCAACACUUACAAGCGGUGACCAAACUCGAGAAUUGUUGAGAUAUAUGACUGAACUCAAUUUGUGGUUGGGUCGAGAUGUCACUGACCGUCACAAUGAAAUGACUGCUGUCGUUCAACGCUUAGAGGAGCUGCGGGCUUCGUUGAACGACCUCCGAAACAGACCUUAUGUGGUGACGGUUCCAGGUGACGAAGGUCGGGAUGAAGAAACAGAAGGUAGCUCGGAAGGCAGUCCUGAACAACAACCUGUUUUCAUACCGGGGAUGCCACCUUCAGGUCAAGCAGCUGGCCCUGGUAUGCCACAGCCUGUUAUUCCUGGAACAGGCCCAUGGCCACCUGGAUUUGUUCCUCAAGGUCCCCCGCCUUUCGCGCCAUCAGUUAUUCCUGGUGGUGGUGGUCCGUCUCCUUAUCCUCCUUUCCAACCUGUCAUACCUGGAAUGCCACCUGGAAUGCCUUCUGGUCCAAUUGUUGUCAAUCCUCCUGGUCCGGCUCCGAUCAUCCCAAUGGACUUUCCGCACGGAGGAGGAAUGAGGAUGCCGGAACCGAUGAUACCGGGAGUUGCUCAAACUGGCCAGCAAAUCCCAUUCAUUCCACCUGGUCCUUCCAUAGUGCGUGUUCCAGGAAGUUCCUCUUCGAGUAGCAGUGAUGGCGACAGUGGAAGCAGUCGGAGUGGAAGUAGUGAUCACACUCGUAGACCCAGUCGUCGUCCGUCUACGGCGUCUUAUAGUAGAUCACCUACUCCAGUUCCUAUCCAGAUACUACCACCAACACAGGUUCCUGGUGUUGUGCCUGAAGGGAGUCGUGGACCUUCACCACCUGUAGUUGUUGUCCAACCUUCGGAAUAUCCCCCGCCUGGCUCGGUACGGCACCCAGAUUUGGCAGGGCAAUUUCAACCUUCUCAAGCAUCACAAGGAGCACAGCCUGCAGGACCUACAAUCAUCAAUAUACCGGGUCAGCCGCAACAACCAACUCAAGUGCCAGGUAUGAUGCCUGGUGGAAUAGUUCCACCUGGUAUGAUACCUGGCGGACUUCCAAUGGUAAUGCCGGGGAUGCAGCCUGGGAUGUCCCAAACUGGCCAACCUCCGGUCGUGGUAGUCGGGUCUGGCCGAUCAUCCCCGAGCUCCAGCUCCGGACGGUCGUCCCCGCGCUCUGUGUCAGACGGCCCAAGUCGUCGGCGGCAUCGUACUGACAGUCGAUCGCGAAGUCCUCCUCCAGUUAUUAUUUCUCAACCGCAUAGAACGCACUCCUCGCACUCUCCUCACAGGGUGGAAAUGGUGCAGCCGGGUCCUGCACCUGGACCCACAAUAAUUGUUCCUGGAGCUCAAGGUACUGGUUUCCCGCAAGUACCAACUUAUGCACCGACACAACCUGUACAACCCUCCUCCUACCCACCGACACAGCCAAUCAUAUAUGCGCGAUCUUCGAGUUCUAGGUCCCGCUCUUCAUCAGGGCAUAGGCGCACUCCCCCUCCUCAGGUCAUCAUGCAGCCAAGUCAGCCUGCACAGCCGUUGCAAACAGUCUUACCUAUGCCUACUGCACCAUCUGCAACACCAGCACCUGUAAUUGUCGAAUCCCGGAGGAGUCGUUCUCGUUCGCCGCCAAUCAUUAUUGCACAGAGUCGAAGCCAUAGUUCUCGGUCCAGACGUCGUUCCCCCUCUUCGCAUGGUGCUCCUAUCAUCAUCCCAGGACAGCCUACAGUUAUUCCAGGACAACCUUCAGGUUACGUUUCCUCACAAUACCCAGGAACUCAUAGAACUCGGCGUAGUCCUUCAAGUUCCAGAUCGCGUUCUCCCCCGUAUGCUCCGGUUCAUCCCAGUGGAGCCCCUUAUUAUGAAGGUUCUCGACACCCUUCUCGUCGUUCUCCUCCAAUCGUGGUACCAAUUCCUUCUCAAUAUCAUGAAAGUAGAAGACCUUCUCGCUCUCCGACUCGCAUUAUGUCUCCUCGUAGUGAUCGACAUCGUCGACGGUCUCGAUCUGACUCUCGAGACUAUGACCGUCCCCGCCGUCACUCUCGUGACUAUGAUCGAUCUCGUCGUGACUCUCGUGAUAGACCCCGUCGUGACUCUCGUGAUCGUGAUCGUGACCGAUCUCCUAGACGCCACCGUCGUGACUCUCGUGACCGUGACCGUGAUCGUGACCGAUCUCCCAGAGGCCACCGUCGUUCUCGCUCAUAUUCCGAUUCACGUUCUCGAUCCCCAGAUCGCGAUCAUGACCGUCGUCGAAGAGGUAGAGAUCAUGGUCGGGAUUCUCGUCGAAGGAGUCGUAGUUACUCUCCUACUACAUCUGUUUAUCCAGGUGCUCCUCCUGGUCCAACCUAUGUUCCCACUCACCCUCCAACCCAUGCACCUACCAUAGUUAGUCAUGCUCCCAGUCACACUUUUCCCGAGGAGCAUUUACCAUCUCGACCUGGUACUCAUCGCCCCCGUUCUGUCUCCGAAGCGGAUCGUCCGGAAUAUGUUCCAUCGCAUUAUCCUUCUCAUGCUGGUACUCAUCGCCCACCAUCCGCCUUCGAGGAAGAUCGUCCGGAGCAAGCUCCUUCACAUUACCCUUCUCGACCUGGUACUCAUCCACCCCCGUCAAUAUAUGAGGGAGAAGCGCGUACCGCACCACGAACUGCUCGUUCCCCUACCCCCGGUAGCAUCCAUCCAAGCGCUCACAGUGGUUAUGUACCUGAAGAAGCACAACGAAUUCCCCAGGUCACUCGAACGCGUUCCCCUCGCACUGUACGUGACGACGAUGGUCGCACGGUUCUUGAUGAUGAUGGAUUUCCGCUUCGUCGUGUUCCCACUGUUCGUGACGGGGACGGUCCACCAGUUCGACGUACUCCCACAGGUCGUACUGUGCGUAUGGACGAACCAGAGGUUGUACCCCAUGGUACUGGUCCUACACUUCGUGAUGAUGAUGGCUACAGCUUGCUUGAUGAUGAUGGACGCCCACUGCGAGCAGGUCCUCCUAUUAUCCCGGCUUCUCGUCCUGGUACUGUUCGACCUCUCCCAUCUGAACCUAGUGGACGAGGUUCUCCCAGUAUCAUCGAAACAGUACCUCCUCCACGUGCUCGUACGCCUCGUACCCCCGCUUUCGAGGAUCUUGCGCUAGCUGAGGAACAGCGAGACCGUCUUGCCCGCCUAGAUGAAGCCGAACACCGCAUCAAUGAUGUUGUAGAGAGUGCCCGGGAGUCGGAACAACAACGGGAAGCUGAGUUUGAGGAAAAGGAAAGACAGCGCGAAGACGAGUUCCGAAUGAGUGAACAAGAUCGAGACAGAAUAUUUAGGGAGAAUGAAGAAGCGAGAGCUCGCGAAGCUGCUGAAGCUCGGGAUGCACUACUCCAUGACUUGGGUGAUUUAGGACAUGUGCCGCCUUCUGUGCCCCCUGCUGGAGGAAGUAUUCCUGGUGUUGUUGUGGACGAACCAGGAGAUCGUUCAUCUAUCCAUACUAUUCAGGAUAUUCGUGAUACAGCGUCGAGACACGCGCAAGAAAUCCGGGAGAUUAUCGAUCUGGAACGGGAAGAGAACACGAAAGAGCGAGAAGCUGCAGCUGCUGAGAGGCUCGAGCUAGAGGCCGAACGAAAUGCCGCUAUACAAGCUGCUCAAGAACUCAAGGAUGCUCGUAUUCAAGAAUUGGAGGAACAGGUUGCUGCUCUUCGUGCUGAACUCGAGGCCGAAAAAGAGGCUCGGCAAGCUGAUGAAUCCGACGCACGCGAACGUGAGAGGGCGGAACGUGAAGAGCACAAUGAAUUCAUCCGCUCUCAAUUGAUGGAUUUAACGAACCUCAUGAACGAGCAAAGACAAGUCAUGGAUGAGAAAAAGGAAUUAAUGGAAUCGAGAUAUGCCGAGAAGGAGGAGAGAAGAAGGAAUAAAGAUGCAGAAACAGCGGAGAUGAGAGAUAUGAUCCAGAGAUUAUUCGAAGAAUUCCAGGCUGAGAGAGAUAGAGCAGAAACGUUGAGGAUGGAGGCGGAAGGCAAACCUGGUGUCGAGAAAAUCCUAGAAGAUGUUAUGCGGAGACAUGAUGAGAUUCAAGAAGCGUUGAGGGCGUUCUCAGACACUUGGCGUAAUGAAUGUGAACAACACCACGCGGAAAUCAUCAAUGCCGUCCGCGAAACUGCGAACGAACAAGUUCCUUAUAACAUACAAGGAUAUCUUGACGAGUUCAGUAAAGCUUUGGCGUCGGAGGUCCGUAUUCUGCUCGGAGAAGUCGGAAAACUGAGAGAAGAGAGGAGAGCUCUGCAACAUGAGAUCGGUUACCUCUUAUGUAUGCGAUCGAAGUACGGUCCUGGAGGAGAAUUCGAGCCUGACUGGAAACCGCCACCAGGUGCUCCCGGAGGACCUCCAGUUGAGCCACCGCCGCCACCUGAACCUCCCGUUCCACCAGAAAUACCACCAGCUAGACCUGGGUGGCGUACUGUCCAUCAACGUUCUCGUAAAAAGAAAGAGAAAGCUCCACCACCUGCCCCUGGUCCUAGUGUACCGGCAAUUACCGGCAUGGUGGAUCCUAGAACCCAGGUUACAAGAAGCUGGGCGACUUGGCAACGUGAGCAUAUUUAUUUUUGACUAACAUUUAAACAGUAGAAUGACUGUUUUACGUCCCAGCCGAUCCUAACUUGGCCCCGACUCCUGCAUCCAUCGAGCCUACGUUGCUCGUUCCUGACCGUGACAGUCCUGGGUUGUUCGGAGCUAGGUCUCCUCGCGACUC